AUGAAUUUUAUAGACCUAAACUAAGAAUAUAGAGGUUGGAAAUUGCUUGGAAGUAAACUAAAAUAAAUCUAUUUUCAUUUUCGAUAAAACAAAGGCCAAGAGCUUCAUUAUAUAUAUAAUGGAGAAAUCAUUUAAACGUAAUAUUUCUAAUAAUUCUAAAGGAUUGAACAUAAUGAUUCAGAAACCAGACCUUAAAUAAUUACAAAUUUAGAAGUAGUAAAACAUCUUAAAUGGAUGGGUAAAUUAGAAAAAAAUGCAAAUAAAGUUGGAUUAUGGACAGCCUCUUGGAAGGGAGAAAUUUUGAAUGGCGUUUGCGGUCAUUAUAGCAAAAUAUAAAAUGAAAAAAAUUUAAUAAUUGUACUCUUUAGAGGGGAAAAAGUAAGGCUUAUGGGAAGAAACGAUAAACCAUUUCUAUGAGUAAGAAUAUCUUAUUAUUAUUAGUUUUGCAAAAGUCAAGGAAUUUGGAGAAUAUAUCAAUGACCUCAAGCAAGGCAUUUGGAAGUAUAUGUAUGAAAAAAAAUAAUUGUAAUAAAUUGUGCAUUCAAGCAACGGGUAUUUUAGAUCACAAUUUCUAAAGUUAAAUAUAUUAAAUCAGAAAAAGUAUUGA